AUGUCCGAUUACCUAACACUCGGUCACAUGAGAAUUAUAACCGAAGAGGAUCUACGCCGGACUGACUGCAUCGUGAAAUACAUUCCAUACCAAGGCAUAUGGCAGCAAGGCGACGAUGGUGACCGUCUGAGAGUGGUCUUCGACGCUUUUCGACCCACAUCUUCGGGAUGGAGCCUCAACGACAUAUUACACUGUGGUCCAAAGCAAGAAACAGAGGCUUGGGUGGUCUUAUUGCGCUGGAGAACGCGUAGAGUCGGGUUCGCCACGGACGUCGAAAUGAUAUUCCGAGGAAUAUGGCUCGAUGAGAGAGACGUAGACCUACAUCGCACAUUGUGGAGCCCGAGUGAAGAAGAACCACAGCUGUGCAACGACGAUGGGAAGGAUUAUACGGAAGCUAUAGAGGCAUUCCUGAAGGACAGAUAUGUUGACGAUAUUCUCACAGGAGCUCACGAGGUGGAAGUUGCUCUCCGGUUACAGGAUCAUCUCAUUAAAUUGAUGAAGGCCGGAGGAUUCCGUUUAAGAAAGUGCGUAUCAAAUCAACCUGAGCUGCUGAAAAAACUGGAUGCGAGCGACAGUCUUCGGCCAACAUGGAUCAGUUUCUCCACCGACAAUCCUGUUCGUGAGCUGGUUAUCGCAUCAGCAAAGCAAGCGCAGAAUACUGUCGUCAUAUUUGAUCCAUGUGGUUGGCUUGCCCCGGCCACGCUAAUGAUAAAACUCCUCAUUCAAGACUUAGGGAGAGCUGGCUUGGACUGGGAUGAGAUCUUCCUUCCCAGAUGGAUCUUCACAGGCCCGCAAACAAACAACACAGCGAUUUACGCUUUUUCGGACGCAGGCAGACGAGCCAUGGCUUCGGUGGUCUACUCACCAACAUCAACAACUGAUGAUACUGGCAUAGUAAAUUUGCUAGUGGCAAAAACCAGAUUGUUUUGGACUGAAUCCGCUGGAAGGAACCAACUGCUAACUCAAUCGUGGACAGUUAUGUACGUCCACCAAAUUCAAGAGCUUUCGCCGCCGACGAUCUGGCGAUAUGUUCCAUCUGAGUUGAUCCCGCCAUUUUUUGGUAUUGAAAAUAUUAUUUUUGAAAAACUGCCGAUUUUCACUCCGUUGAGCUAUUUUCUGAGGUGGUAA